AUGACCGUCCAUACUUCUCUGUUUGUACUCCUCGGUGUGUUCACUGUUAUAGCCGGGCUCCUCUGGUGUUUUUGUGGGUCUAACAUGGAGGAACAACCUUAAAUGUUAUUAUAAAUAGAGAACAGACGUGGAAGGAGUCGUGUGCUGGAGUUUAACUGACCCUGAGCUUGUAAUAACAGCAGCCGCCGCGGCCCUCCAGCCUGCAGCCACUCAGCAGCCUGAGCUGUGUGAGUCUUUGUGCCAGAGAAAAGCUGUGGCGUUGAAAACAUCGAGGACCUUCUCUUUGUUGAGCCUGUAAAGAACCACGAAGCUUUAUCUGAUCCGAGGUCACACGACUGAAGUCUGUUCAUGUGGAGGUCAUCGUGUCUGAGAAGAUGAAGAUAGACGUCCCUUACAACCAGCUGGUGGAUGUGGAGAGGAGGAGACAAGAGUCCAACAGGAAAGCAGAGCUGUACUCCAGAUGUGUGAUAGCUCUCGCCACUGUGGCCACUGUGCUGCUGGCUGCCAUGGCCCUCUACAACCUCCUCACACCGAGGGUUCCCCCCUCACCUCCCGUCCCAGUUCAGUCCCCGAGCAGCAGCCUCGCACCGCCCCGGAGAGAGUCCUGCUCUGACCCCUGCAACAUCGUCCUCGUGGAGAGCAUCCCUGAAGGUCUGGAGUUUAAUUCCAGCACCACCCACCCCUCCAUCUUCCAGGCAUGGAUGAACCUGAUGGCUGAGGCUCGCAGCAGUGUGGACAUCGCCUCCUUCUAUUGGACGCUCACCAACGAGGACACCGGCACUCAUGAGCCCACGGCUUAUCAGGGUGAGACCGUUCUGAAGACACUAGCCGAGCUCUCAGGGAAGGUUUCUGUUCGUAUCGCAGUGAACACACCGCAAGAGAGUCAACCACAGGACAACCUCAGACUGCUCAAUGACUCAGGAGCUCACAUCAGGACAGUCAACAUGAGGAAACUCACCACAGGCGUCCUCCACACAAAGUUCUGGGUCGUGGACAAGAAGCACAUUUACAUCGGCAGCGCCAACAUGGACUGGAGAUCGCUCACACAGGUGAAGGAGCUCGGUGUGGUGGUCUACAACUGCAGCUGCCUGGCUGAAGACCUGGAGAAGAUCUUUGAAGCGUAUUGGUUCAUGGGGGAGAGUCAGUCCAUCCCGUCUCCCUGGCCCGCCAGGUUCUCCACGCUCUACAACAAGGACACGCCCCUCCAGCUGCCGCUCAACGACACGCAGUCCAACGUCUACUUAUCGAGUUCUCCUCCGUCUUUCUGUGCAGCCGGCCGGACUCCAGACCUUCAGUCCAUCCUGAGUGUGAUGGAGGAUGCUCACAGCUUCAUCUACAUCGCCGUCAUGAACUACCUGCCCACCAUGGAGUUCUCUCAUCCUAAGAGGUACUGGGCAGAAAUCGACACUCAGCUGAGGAAGGCCGCCUAUGAAAGGAGGGUCAGAGUGCGUCUGCUGAUCAGCUGCUGGGCCAGCACACAGCCCGUCAUGUUCCCUUUCCUCAAGUCUCUCGCCUCGGUUUAUGACCCCAAGGGCAAACUGGACAUCCAGGUGAGGUUGUUUGUGGUGCCCGUCAGCCCCAAGCAGAAGGAGAUUCCCUUCGCCAGAGUCAACCACAACAAGUACAUGGUGACCGACAAGAUAGCUUACAUAGGUACGUCCAACUGGUCAGGUGACUACUUUGUGAACACAGCCGGCUCAGCGCUGGUCGUGAACCAAACUGCAUCAGAGUCCACGGAGCAGACCGUCCAAUCCCAGCUGAGGGAUGUGUUUCAGAGAGACUGGGACUCCGACUACAGCACUCCUCUCACCGAGAACACAAACCUUAAAAACUUGUGUUAGUUUCUACAGUGCACACUUCACACUUCUCUGCCCAUGUUACUCUUUUAAUCCACACACAGUUUGUAGCAGUAAACACAGAAAGUCCUCUGUGUGAUGAGGUCAAAAGGGAGACAGGAGACUUUCAGUAAACCUGGUUUGCCACAGUUUAGAAUCUUUGAGUACAGAGUAAUCAGCCAAGCACAACCAGGUACUGACAGUGACUCUGUCGUAGGGUGUUCAUGUGUGCAGGAUUUUAGUUUAAGGCCAGAGCUUCUCUUCAUGUCACUGCUGUUACAAUCAAAUCUGCCUCUUGAAUCAAAGUACAUAUGCCUGUGAUCAGUCAGAUAGCAUGUGAGAGGCUGCUUUAGGAUCAGAUUCAACAUGAGGAAGCAGGCGGGACUUCUACGCUUUAUAAAAACAUAAAGAGACAGUUUUCCUUUUAAAAACAUGUACGAUCGAUCAACUGGAAUUAAUUUAAUGGAGGGCUUUCUGUCCUCUGUUGUUAGCAGGAAGUGCACGGUGAUGUUUUCAGCUCUCAUGUUGCCUUAUCUAAUCACUGAUUAAUCAAAGCAUCUCCGUUCGAUAGCUUCAACAGGAGUUUUUAUCUUUCUCAGCUCAUCUCAGGGAGGAACGUGUGAGUGUUUUAUUUUUAUAUCACUUUAGUCUGCUGGAAUAAUGAACACUCAAACAAGGUGUGCUGUGCCUGAGCUGUGAAUAAGAUGCUCGAGUUCUUCUCUCGCUCUUCAGCUUUUUAAACACAUGGAUUUAAUUUUUGAAGUCUGCAGUGGAUUGGAGGUUUUUGCAGCGGCUCUAAAUGAGGAUGAACUAAUCUAAUUUCCACCGUGUGGAGUGAUUGAAACUACCAAUUAGAGAAGAGGCGGUUGUUAUGGUGACUCUCCAAAGAGGCGUGUUUUGUAGCCCGAGUGUGCUUCUGAAAGCUUUGGAGCGGUAAUGGUGUAUACAUGUCAUUAUCUUCCUCCUCUUUAUAAAGACACGACUCUAAAUAAAUGUCUCUGAAUCAUCCUG